UGGAGGCAAAAAUAAAAAGUAAGCUAUGAAUAUGAACAUUUUUUCUUCUUCCUCAUUAUCACUAUCCAUGCUGAAAUUCGAAGCAAUUCAUCUCCAAUCUACAUCCCCUUUUCCCACUUCCGCACUAGUAUUCAUAAUUAGGGACAAUAAUUACAAAACCCAAGUUUCAAAAUCUCGUAAUCAAAUCAGAAUCUCUUCAUCUUCUCUGAUUAUAACCUCAUCUUACCCAAACAAAGAUAUCUGGAGAAAAUCAGAUAACAACAACAAUGAGAAGACCAAACACAGUUCUUCUUCCCCUGUUCUUCAUAAAAAAUCUGAUAAUCAACAUCAAAAUCAUCACCACCAUCGUCAAGUUUAUUUAGAUCAUAGUGUUGAUAUGGAUGAAUUAAUCUCAUCCAUUAAAAAGACUUCAACCCCACAAGAACUGUUUGCUUUAAUGUCAAUUUACAAAGGCAGACAGCUCUCAUUACGUUUCAUGGUUUCUCUAUUAUCUCGUGAAUCAGAUUGGCAAAGAACAUUAGCUUUGUUUGAUUGGAUGAUUGAAGAAGCAAUGUAUAAACCCUCUGUUUUUGCGUACAAUGUAGUAAUACGUAAUGUUCUUCGUGCGAAACAAUGGGAACUUGCACCUGGACUAGUCGACGAAAUGCGUCAAAGAGCUAUAUCACCUGAUAAGUUUACUUAUUCUACUCUUAUAACACAUUUCGGUAAAGAAGGAGAUUUUGAUUCUGCUCUAUCUUGGCUUCAACAAAUGGAGCAAGAUCGUGUGACAGGUGAUCUUGUUUUGUAUAGUAAUUUGAUUGAGUUAUCAAGAAAACUUGGUGAUUAUUCAAAAGCGAUAUCGCUAUUUUCUAGAUUGAAACGAGCAGGGAUUACUCCUGAUCUUGUUGCUUAUAAUUCAAUGAUAAAUGUUUUUGGUAAAGCUAAGCUUUUCAGAGAAGCUCGGCAACUUUUUCAUGAAAUGAGAUCAUUUGGUGUUGCCCCUGAUACUGUAAGUUACUCUACUCUUCUAAGUAAAUUCGUCGAAGAUAAAAGAUUUGUCGAGGCAUUAUCUAUUUUCUCUGAGAUGAAAGAAGUUAAGUGUCCACUGGAUCUUACUACGUGCAAUGUUAUGAUUGAUGUAUAUGGUCAAUUGGAUAUGGCUAAAGAAGCCGAUCGUUUGUUUUGGAGCAUGAGAAAGAUGGCAAUUGAACCAAGUGUUGUUAGUUAUAACACCAUUUUGAGGGUUUAUGGUGAGGCUGAGUUGUUCGGUGAAGCCAUUCAUCUUUUCCGGUUAAUGCAGAGCAAGGAUAUUGAACAAAACGUAGUUACUUAUAAUACAAUGAUCAAGAUUUAUGGAAAAUCUUUAGAGCAUGAGAAGGCAACAAAUCUUGUUCAGGAGAUGCAGAAAAGAGGGAUUGAGCCUAAUGCUGUUACAUACUCUACGAUCAUUUCGAUAUGGGGAAAGGCAGGUAAAUUAGAUCGAGCAGCAACCCUUUUCCAGAAGCUGAGGAAUUCAGGUGUUGAAAUUGACCAAGUUCUUUACCAGACUAUGAUUGUUGCAUAUGAGAAGGCAGGAUUGGUUGCCCAUGCUAAGCGGUUACUUCAUGAGCUCAAACGUCCAGAUAACAUCCCUAGGGAGACUGCCAUUUCUAUUUUAGUGGGUGCAGGGAGAACUGAAGAGGCUAUGUGGGUCUUCCGUCAAGCUUUUGAUGCCGGUGAAGUUAAGGAUAUAUCUGUUUUUGGAGGUUUGAUUGAUCUUCUCUCCAGGAAUAAGAAGCAGACGAAUGUUAUUGAGGUGUUUGAGAAGAUGAGAGGUGCUGGAUAUUUUCCCAAUUCCAAUGUUAUUGCAUUAGUGUUGAAUGCGUAUGGAAAACUGAGGGAAUUCGAGAAAGCUGAGGCCAUGUACAAGGAAAUGCAAGAUGAGGGUUGUGUUUUUCCUGAUGAAGUACACUUUCAAAUGCUAAGCCUGUACGGUUGGGCAGGGGAUUUUACAGCAGUUGAAUCACUGUUUGAGAGACUGGAUUCUGAUCCUAAUAUUGACAAGAAAGAACUGCAUCUUGUGACUGCUAGUGUUUAUGAAAGAGGUAAUCGAUUAGACGAUGCGUCCCAAAUAAUCAGCCAGAUAAAUAAAAGGGGAAUUUCAAAUACAUUGCCGUCAUCAUGAAACAAGGAUAUGAUCUUCCAGAGUUCUAAUUCAUUGUACAUUUAAGUAGCUUGACGGGUAAGUAUUCUGUACGUCCCUUGUUGAAUCAGAGAAUAGGAUUGCUCUUAACCAUUGUUGAUAUUUGCAUCCUGUUUGUUUUUGAGGAGAAAGUUUAAAUUGUAUUAGAAAAUCAAAUACACUGCAGAGGCUAAAUGGCCCUAGAGUGUACAUUUUCCGGUUUA